CGAGGUACUGUCCGGGGUCCAUUUAUAUUUAACAGCAUCUCCAGAAUCACUCAUCUCUCGGGAAAGUUGGUGCUCAAGUGCAAGCUAGUACAGGAACUGUAAUAAUAACAACACACGAACAAAAGUAGUGUACAGAUACUCCGCGAAGAGUGUUAAACCACGCAUCAACAGGUUGCCAUAAAAUACAAACUUCGGUCCAUUAGAUCGACGACAAACUUUGCUGGAGACACUGUACAUACGUUUCGAUUAACCGUCACCAACGGACAAUUCAAAUUUCAUUGUGCAACAGGUGGUGGGGAAAAGUGCACGCGUGGGAGGUGCGGUAAGGUGUUUGCUCUGCAUGUAGUAGGUAGAGAUUGUAAACUUGCCAAACGAUCAUGGAGGUUGACGUAAACAAUAGGAAAAAGAGAAGAGCUGUUAACAAUGAUACGUAUCAGUCAAAACGAGCACGAGGAAAAGAGAAUAGUUUGGAACAUUUCGACGAUGAUAAAGCUGGCAAAGUAAAGAAAAUUCUAAUCAGAAACUUUAUGUGUCACGAUGCCUUGGAAGUUACAUUAAAUCCGAAUGUGAAUUUCAUUGUUGGACGUAAUGGAAGUGGUAAAAGUGCAAUAUUAACAGCCUUAACUGUUGGUCUUGGCGCCAGGGCGAAUGUUACGAGUCGUGGAUCAUCUGUGAGAGCAUUUAUAAAAAAGGGAAAACAUACUGCAACGAUAGAAAUAACAUUAACAAAUCAAGGGCCAAUGGCAUAUAAACCAGAAGUUUAUGGCAAUUCGAUAGUAGUUUUGCGAACCAUUUCAAGUUCGUCUGCUUACAAAAUAAAAAAUUGGAGAGGAGAUGUAAUUUCAACAAAACGAAAUGAACUUGACAGUAUACUACGAGCAAUGAACAUUCAAAUAGACAAUCCAAUUUCUAUAUUGAAUCAGGACAUAUCGAGGACAUUCCUGGUAACAUCUAAGCCUGAAGAGAAAUAUGAACUAUUUAUGAAAGCCACGCUUUUAGAUGUGAUCGGCAAAAAUUAUAAAGAAGCUAAAUCAAUAUGUCAAAUUGAAUAUGAAAAAUUGCAGCAAUAUAAUGAAAUUCUGUCAGAGACUAGGAAGGAAGUAGAGAGGUUGAAGGAAAAUAUACAAAGAGCAGAAGAAAUCGAUACAUUACAUGCUGAAGCAGGUGAUCUUGAAAAGGAACUUGUUUGGGCAGUUGCUAUAGCAGAAGAGAAGAAGCUAGAGAAGAUCGAAGAAGUUUUUAAAAAGUGUGAGGAGAGCCAUAAACAGCUUAUGGAUGUUGAAUCGUCUGCAGAUUCAAAAGAUGAAGAAAUAAACAAAGAAAUCCUAGAAUUAGAGGAAAAAAUUAAAGAUGCGGAACGGGAAGUGACUAAUAGUGCGGAAGAUUACAAUAAAGUUAAGCAAGAGUAUAGUAUUAAUAGAGAUACACAUUCCACCAAAGUGAGAGAGUGGCGGGCUUGCCAAAGUAAAAGUAAAAGAAUGGAAGACGAUGUUAACAUGAUUAAAAAGGAGAUACAUCGACUCGAAAGUGGCGAUAAUGCAGAACAAAUUGAAAGGAAUGAAAUGAAACAACAAUUGGCAGCCUUAGAACAGAAGCUUUCCGAAGUCCAAGCCUUACUGCAGACUAAACAAACUCAUCAAACGCACUUAGAAACUGAUAAAAUGCGUCUUCAGAAAGAAAUGCACGCGUCAAAGAUUGAAAUGGGAAGCUGUGAAAAUCGUAUUCAACAAAUUCGACGUGAAAUUAGUGCCAGAAAAAAACACGCUGAUAACGCAUUAACUGUAUUUGGACAAAAUAUACCACGUCUUUUGAGAAGAAUUGAAGAAGAAUAUAGUAAUAAUCAAUUUCGGGAAAAGCCACGUGGUCCACUUGGAGCACACAUAAAAAUGAAGAAUCCAGCCUGGGCACCUGCAGUUGAAAAUUUCUUAGGACCCGGCGUCUUUAGCACAUUCUGCGUAGACAAUAGUCACGAUGCCAAAGUAUUAAACACGAUUAUGAAGGAGAUUUAUCUAAAUGAAAGGACUCCGCAGAUAAUAUGCAGCAAAUUCUUUAACAAAGUUCAUGACGUUAGUGCCCAUUGCACUCGUUCACCAGAUUUUUCUAAUCUUUUGGACGCAAUGGAUAUAUCAGACCCAACUGUCGCCAACUGUUUAAUCGAUCAACGCGAAGUUGAAUGUAUUCUAUUAAUCCCGACGAGUAAGGAAGCAGCCGAGGUUAUGUCGAAUGCUUCCCGGGUGCCACGUAAUUGUAGGAGAGCUAUUACCCAAAAAGGGGAUAUGUUCUUUCCGGAUCCGCAUUAUAGAAGUUACGGUGGACCACGUGACUUGAAAGCCAGAUUUCUUCAAGUCUCAGUUUCCGAUGCGAUUAAUGUACUAGAAGAAGAACUUCGCUCUAUAGACAACGAAAAAAAAGUAGCGGCUCAAUCGUACACUACAGCACAUGAAAAAGAAAAACGUACAAGUUCCGAAUUAGUAACUGCCAAUCAAUUAAUCACCAAGCUCAAUGCUGCUCAAAAUCAAUACAAAGGGCAAAUCAACGAUCUAAAGGAUAAGAUCGAAUCUAACGAAGCGAUAUCUAUUACAGUAUUUAAAAAUGAAUUACACGAGUUAGAAAAAAAGUUGAAUCAAGAAAAAUCUGAGGAGUCCCGUUUAAAUGAAAGUGUUCAGGAACUUCAGAAAAAGAUAGAGCAUCUGGAGGCGGAAAUUCGGCGAUACAGAGAAUUAAGACAGAGCUUGGAUGUGAAAAUCAACCCGCUGAAGGCAAGUAUAAAGAAAUUACAAGAUCGAAAAGAAGAAAUGCGAUUAAAGACUCGACAUGCUGCGAGGAAAUUAGAGGCAGUGCGGCAAGCAUUGCAGAAUGCAACGGCAGAAUACGAAAUGCAGGAGAGGGUUACUCAAAAAUCAGUGUCUGAUGCUACGAAACGAUGCAAUAGGAUAGAAACAACAAGAUCGACAAGGGAACUUGACAAGUUAGCCAAAGAUUUGAAAGCGAGAAUUUACGAAAUAGAGCGACAAUUUGGCACUAUAGAACAAUUACGAAAACAAUUAAAACUGAAAGAAGCAAAGUGUGGGAAAGAUUUUAAUUUGGCUACGAAAAUUGAAAAAAGUUAUAAAGAACAUCUUAAACGUCUAGAAGACCGAAGGCAAUUGUUCCAUGAAAUGAAAGAGACUUACGGAGUAAACAUACAAAAUUCAUUUUCGAACGUACUCGCAUUACGCAACAAUAUGGGUAGGAUAAAUAUCGACCAUGGAAGAAAAAUCCUUGUACUUGAAGUGCACGCGCAGAACAGCAGCCAAAGGGCAAAUAAUGAUACGAGAUCAUUAUCAGGCGGUGAAAGAUCUUACUCGACCGUUGCUUUUAUCUUAGCACUUUGGGACUGCACCGGUUUGCCUUUCUAUUUUCUAGACGAAUUCGACGUUUUUAUGGAUAAGGUAAACCGUCGAGUCAUAAUGGACAUUCUAUUGGAUCAUACCAAAACACAUCCGCAAAGUCAGUUUACGUUUCUGACCCCACUGGAUACGUCUGGCGUCCUCGCUGAAGAUUACGUAACAAUUCAUCGAUUGGCACCGCCUGAAAGAGGAAACCAGAAUUAAAACAUAGUUUCGAUAUUUUUUUAUUGAAUGUCUUAAAUUAUUUUUCUCAGGAUAUAAAGUAUCUCUUGAAAAUAUUUUAUCAUUUUUUAUAUUGUAUUUUCUUUUUCAGCUCUAUGUCUUAUUUAUAACAAUAUAAAAGCUAGGGCAUCUGUUCACAUUUUUUGAACUAGAAAGAAAGUAGGCUAGUUCUGCUUGAAACGAGCAAUAAAUUAUUUUUCAGUGACAUUGUAUGAACAAUGCGUUAACUAAUAGCUGAUAUUGUUACAUGUAUAAAUAGCAUCUUAAUACUAUUACCUGAAAAUAGUAUAUUUACAUUGUUGAUAAUAUCAUUAGCAUUGAAAAGUGUUACUUGGGAGUAUUCACUUAAGUAUUACCAGUAAUUUUGUACUCCGAUCUUAUAGUUAAUUUCCGUUGAUUCGGAAUGGAUAGGUUUCACUUUGUAUUUUUGUGUAAUUCGAAGCUAUGUUGUUUGACAAGAAAGUUCACAUAGGAUGUAUACAAAGCGUGCAAAAACAUAUUUUCAUAAGUAAAGAUAAUAUAUCUAUAUUGAUAGUGUUGUUAAAUAGAACAUUGUUUAUGUUGUAUUUUUUAAAUAAAAUAUAACGAUAAUACAAAUUA